CGGGCGGUGUGGGCGCGGCGUGUGCGGCAGGCUGGGCUGCACCGCAGCGCAUACACUACAAUGGCUGCUGGAAAGACGGGAAAGCAAACAAUUUCCAGGCCCGCCGCGUCCAGCCCGAAAUAUGGGGAAAAAAUUACAGAAAAAUCGGAGAACACUGUAAAGGGUGGAAACGGGGCGCAGAGGGGAUGCUGAGGCUCCCGCGACCAGUAAAAAUGGGAAGUACUGGAUUCUGGUUUCCUCCAAGAAGAGUCAGCGGAACUGGUUAAGACCAAAAUCUGAGGACUUUAGUGGGCAAACAUCAGUCCCCUUUUGCUUUCUUUUACGACCACAUGAAACUUGAGAAGCCAUCUAAAGCUAAAUCAUUUAGUGGAGUUGGGCAAUUCCCAAGUGUCCAACAAGAAGGCCUGGUUUAGGCUGCGAUGGCCACUGUCAUUCCUGGUGAUUUGUCAGAAGUAAGAGAUACCCAGAAAGUCCCUUCAGGGAAACGUAAGCGUGGUGAAACCAAACCAAGAAAAAACUUUCCUUGCCAACUGUGUGACAAGGCCUUUAACAGUGUUGAGAAAUUAAAGGUUCACUCAUACUCUCACACAGGAGAGAGGCCCUACAAGUGCACACAACAAGACUGCACCAAGGCCUUUGUUUCUAAGUACAAAUUACUAAGGCAUAUGGCUACUCAUUCUCCUGAGAAAACCCACAAGUGUAAUUAUUGUGAGAAAAUGUUUCACCGAAAAGAUCACCUAAAGAAUCACCUACAUACACACAAUCCCAACAAAGAGGCCUUUAAGUGUGAAGAAUGUGGAAAGAACUACAAUACCAAGCUUGGGUUCAAACGUCACCUGGCUUUGCAUGCUGCAACAAGCGGUGACCUCACCUGUAAGGUAUGUUUGCAGACUUUUGAAAGCACAGGAGUGCUGCUGGAGCACCUAAAAACUCAUGCAGGCAAGUCAUCGGGUGGAGUGAAGGAGAAAAAACACCAGUGUGAACACUGUGAUCGUCGGUUCUACACCCGAAAGGAUGUCCGUAGACACAUGGUAGUGCACACUGGAAGAAAGGACUUCCUCUGUCAAUAUUGUGCACAGAGAUUUGGGCGGAAGGAUCACCUAACACGCCACAUGAAGAAAAGUCACAACCAAGAACUUUUAAAGGUCAAAACAGAGCCAAUGGACCUUCUAGAUCCCUUUACCUGCAAUGUUUCUGUGCCUAUUAAGGAUGAGCUGCUUCCAGUGAUGUCUUUACCUUCCAGUGAACUGACAUCAAAGCCAUUUACAAACACUUUGCAAUUAAAUCUCUACAACACUCAGAUUCAGUCCAUGCAGAGUUCUGCAUCUGCACACCAAAUGGUUGCCACAUCAUUACCAUUGGGAAUGCCUUGUCCAAUAGAUAUGGAAUCUGUCCACCCUUCUCACCAGCUAUCUUUGAAAUAUCCGCUCAGUUCUACCUCAUACGCAAUUUCUAUGCCUGAAAAAGAACAGCCAUUAAAAGGGGAAAUUGAAAGUUACUUAAUGGAGUUGCAAAGUGGUAUGCCUUCUUCAUCCCAGGAUUCUCAAGCAUCUUCAUCAAAACUAGGGCUGGAUCCACAAGUAGGGCCGCUAGAUGAUGGGUCUGGGGAGGUUUCCCUUUCCAAGAGCUCCGUUUCUAUUAGCGAACCUCUAAACACCCCAUCAUUGGACUUUUCUCAGCUGUUCAACUUCAUACCUGUAAAUGGCCCUCCCUAUAAUCCUUCCGUUUCAGUGGGAAACCUUGGAAUGAGUUAUACGCAAGAGGAGGCACAUUCUUCUAUGACUCAACUUCCACCACAAACACAGGAUCCACAAGAUCCUAGCAAUAGUAUAGGUCUUGGGUCUCUGCACUCAUUGUCAGCAGCAUUCACAAGCAGUCUAAGCACAACCACCACCCUACCACGAUUUCAUCAAGCUUUCCAAUAGGAUGUACAAAGCUGGCUUAUUACUGUCUAUUUGUAGAAAUGCCUUAGGUGACCAUUUUUAACUUAGUGCCUACGAUAAGACAUUAUAAAUUCUCUACUUUUGUACAGUACCGAUCUCA